AUACUGUAUGUGCGAAUAUUAUUUGUGGAAGAACAAGCGUGAAUUCCGAAAUCAAAAUUCAUCAGGUAUAGGUAGAUAAUUCCUUUUUUCAUGUGCGCGCAUGACUUCGUCGGUGGCCGAAUUCAUUAGACGAGAAGUGCCCGAUUGGGAUGAUGAAGUCGUUGCAACGGCCCGAUUCAAGACCCUCAGCGGACAGAGGUCCGAUUGGGAACCCAGAUUCCUUUUCUGGAAGGAUUUGAUUCUCAAAGUUGCACGCCAUCUCGGCGUCUUCAUCAUCCAACCAUCCCAGGUCAUGUACAACUGGUUCAAUCGUGGAGGAUUGACACCCCUAUGCAUUGAGCAUGUUCUGCUGGAAAUGCAUAAAUCUGGUGAAAUUAUACAACGUAGGGAUCUUCUAGAUCCAACUAGUGGACGCCUGUCCCAAUUGUUUAAAAGAGUAAUGCAAUUGACAGGUGUAUCCAGAUCAUCACCACAGCAAGUUAUUUCAGAAGAUCAGUUCAUCCUAACUUUACUACUUCAGGAAAGAGCUGCAGAAGUUGUCACUUUUUUGUCUGAGAGCCGCUGGACUUCCUUCUGUGUUAUUACUAUGGGGAAGUUCCAGAGGAUUUGUAAAGGACCCGAUGAAGCUUCUGCAAUCUUGGGUUAUUUGUCAGGAUGUGGAAAAGCACGGUAUUUCUCGAUCAGUAAGAAGGAUUUCAUCGAGGGUAUCAAAGUUUCUCUUGGGCAAGGGACAGUUCCUAGCAUCUCAAGUCUUGAUUGUGAUGUUUUGCAUUUGAUUUGGACUACAGAAAAGCUUCAGCAACAACUUGAUGUGAUCGACCAACGUUGUGAAAUGUCAAGAAAAUCAGCAUUAGCAUCCCUGAGGACCAGAAACAAAGAUGUUGCCCUUAGGUAUGCGAAGCAAUUAAAAUUGGCACAUGAAAGCAGAGAAAAAUGCGCUUCCCUUCUGAACCGGGUGGAGGAAGUACUUAAUAUCAUUUCACAUGCUGAAUCCACAAAGAAGGUUGCUGAAGCUAUCCAAAUUGGAGCUCGUGCAAUUAAGGAAAAUGUGAUUAGUGUGGAAGAUGUCCAACUGUGUCUAGAAGAGCUUGAUAACAGUGUUGCUUCACAAAAGCUUGUGGAAGAAGCUUUUGAAUCAAAUCCACUCCAGCACACUGGUAUUGAAGAUGAUGAUGUUGAAGAGGAGUUCAAGAAACUGGAGUUGGAACUUGGUGAUGAAAGCUCACAAAACCUGAGACCCGGACCUUUUGUGUACUUGCCAACAGAAGUAGAGGGUGCAAAGGCUGCUGAAUCGUUAAGCAAUGCCUUGUCAGAUCUCAAGCUUAGAGGUGGUGCUGUAGGGCGAGAAGAGAGUCAGGAAUCCGCUGAAUCUGUGAGCAUCAAGCUACCAAUUCAACAGCCCGAGGCAGCUUAGCUUCAUUUAAAUUCUUGAAUUCACUAUUUGAAUUUUCUCCCCCCCCCUCCCCC